GAUCAUCAAUAACGAAUAAAUAAAUCAAGCGUUCAGUUGAGAUUUAUUAUUUCUUAUACGAUUGCAGUGUAUUUUUAUUUUAAAAAGUCAACAGACAUUUGAAGCGAUAAUAGAAAUCCUCACCAUGUGAACCAAAGAGAGUAUUGCAGAUUACUCUUAUAUCAAGAGGCGACUUGUUGCUUUUUCUAGAACGCUAUGUAGGUUUAUACUUGGAUUGCUCGAAGUUUAAACAUUUUAGUAGUUUUGUGAUAAUUCAUUUUACUCAUGCUCUAAACGCAGUUGUAGACAUUGAAUAUGAUUGUGUCUCGUCAAAGAGUGCCUUCUGUAGGACUGACUGAUUCAAAGGCAUACCGAAAUGGUAAAGAUAUUACAAAUCCCCGAGACUGGUACACUCUACUUUCUGAAAAGGUUCGAUGUAGAAAUGGUGCAAUAGAAUACAGUCAUCCCGAUGACAACAGCUUUUUACCUCAAUUAGCCCAUGAUCUUGAUUUGUCAUAUGAGGCAUACAAAUCUUCACCCAGAAAUGGCUUCAAUGUCCAUAAAUCGCAGGAUAGUAAACCACGUUCCGCAAAUUUUAAACCGACAUCUAUGAUCAGACAAUCUUCCAGUAUGCAAGAUUUGACCAUACUGAGAGAAAAGACGGUUUCAACGCUUACUAGUUUCUACAACAAGGAAUUCCCCAAUUUUAAAAGGAAGCCAAGCCAUGUUACAUUUUUGGAGGUAAAGGAGUCAGAUCACCAUCGUUCAGUUUCUCUUCCAAAGUUAGCACCCAAGAAAAUUCCAGGUGUUAUACCAGAGACGAGUGUUGUCCAAAAUGAAAACGUAUUACACAGUCACCAGGAAACACUCGAGGAAUGGUUUUCUCAAAUGCCAGAUGCUACAACAAAGAAGGCCAAACGACAACUCAUGGAGCAGAAUAUACAAGAAAACUUGAAACGCAAGGACCAUCGUUCAAACGUCCCAUCACCAAAUUUAAAUAAACCUUUUAAAGGAAAUUAUGAUAAUUUUCCUAACGGUUACAACGAAUUUCGAUCUGAACAAGCUGAAGAACCUAUAAUUUUAAACAGGGAUAUUUACCGACUUCAGUUACAAUCGCAACUUAAACUUAAUGACGGUAGACCGUCUAUUCUUGAUAAAAUUGACAGGAAGAGGUCAGAUUAUGUUGCCGUGUCUCCUACCAAGAAAGAAGACCCCCAGUUGCGUCACAUUGAAGAAAUCGAAUCCACAGGGGAAGAAGAUGCAUCAAGCGAUGGCAUUGACCCAGAGAAUGGUUUAGGAUUCGAUCCCAAAACCUGUCCUUUGUUUAUAGUAAGCACAAAGAGAGAUUUGCCUUUGGAGGAAGACAUUCCAACGAAAACCUUUCAUCAAGGUUACAUGUUUCGACAAAAGAGACUCAAAAGAUUAAAAAACGCUACGUCCCAAAGAGUAAAAGAAAAGCCACAUUUUAUUUUAAAAGGUGAAAUGGAUAAGAAUAAUGAACACAAUGCGAUUGUUCUUAGUUUUGAUGAACAGCAGUACUGUCCUCUUUCAAGGCAACCAAGGCACAUUAUUGAAUCGAUCAAUCGCCAAAAAGUGGAACCAAAAAAUCUCAAAAAUCCGAUAUGGAUGAAUCAAACUGAAAACGGAGACGCAAUCUCUCAAAAUAAUCAAAUAACGCGAACGUUCAUGACUGGGAAUCUUGUUGAUACUGGUGAUAAAAGUCCGGUACAGAGCGAUGAAAGGAAAGCUCGAUUAGCCAAAUAUAAAAAACUGGAAGUUUUCAGCGAAAACAGACGAAACGAAUGCGAACAAAAGUCUGAUGACAGACUUGUCCAAAUAAACUUUAAAAAAGAGAUUCCACGAAGUCAUCCACCCGUAUUUAGGCUGGACCCACGCUCCAUCUUGAAAGAGGAUAUGGACAAUGUGGUCAAAAACGAAAACGGUAAUUCAGACAACAAUACAGUGCCUAUGCGAAUUGUCAAAGGUGUGGUUAUUGUUGGAAGUGCUAAAAAGUAACGAUAAAGUGAUUUUUAUUUAAAGAUACUUUAUGUGAGAUUAGUUUAGAUAAAGAGCUGAAAGUUCUCGCUAUAAUAGUUAAAAACUAGAUAAUGUAAAGGGAAUUUGCUGAAAAUUUCAGUCAAAUUAAUCCACUCUGAAUCGAGAAUUUAGCGAAUGAAUUUUCAGCCUAGCCUCGAUGAUCAAUACUAAAGUCGGUACGAUAAAAAAACAUAGUCUCGAUUAUCCAUUUCAUGAUUAAAUCAUGAAUGAAAGUCGACCAGCAAAUCGGAUCCUAAUCCAGUAAAUAUCGCAGGAUAGCGAUGACAUCGAGAGUAGAUUAUGGUCUGGAUAAGUUAAUUAAUGUCUAAUUAAUAAUUUAGAUAACAUUUCAGGCCUAAAGAAAGACUUGAAAUAGGCAGAUUUAGCUGUUGCAUAAAGUAUGUUUAAUUAGCCGCCUGUGCCAAUAUGUCGAAACAGUGUGUAUUAAACUAUUUGUUUGUUCUUGUGGAUGAAUUGUUAUAGAAUAUAAUGCUGGAAAACCGAGAGUGGUUAUUUAUUUGAUUAAUGUAUCCCGGCGUAAAUACUAUACACGGUCAAAAUUGGGCCGAAAUAUUGAGGUCAAUAAGGUUAAUAUCCUUAAGAGUGGUUUAAUGGUCGAGAACGAGACAUUGCGUAAUAUAUUGAAACAACACACAAUUACACAAUGUUUUAAGCUCGAGACCAUUAAACAACUUAAAUACAGACACUCGCACGUGCUUUGCAAUGAACUACGUCACAUGGGUCCAAAAUUUUAACUAGUAUAAAUAAUGUACGCUUGGCACAUUACCUGUACAAUUAUUUGAAAUAAUGAUACGCCAUCAUCAAAUGAUGACGUCACAUCUGUAUUUUAAAUAUUACUAAAAUCUACACUUCCCAUACCCAACACUGUGAAC